AUGCCGGAUGAAGACCUUCAAGACAUUAUUUCGCAGAUAUCACGCGACAACAUCGAGGGCACAAUCCGAAAACUUGCCUCAUUCGGCACGCGUCAUACCCUGUCAAGUCAAACCGAUCCGGUCCGAGGUAUCGGCGCUGCGAGAACAUGGCUUACAGCUCAGUUCCAAGAAGCCGCUGAUGCGAGCGAAGGAAGAAUGACUGUGGACUGGAACAGCUUCAUCAAAUACCCUGGGGACAACGAACGCAUCAUCUUCCCGGUUAAUAUUACAACAGUAGUAGCAACAUUAAAAGGCAGCGAGGACCCAGAUCGUGUCUACGUGACAGGCGGGCAUUAUGACUCGCGCAACAGCGAUCCUAUCGACUACCAGGGCGAUGCUCCAGGUGCUGUAGACGAUGCUUCGGGAGUUGCGGUCUCCCUAGAGCUUGCUCGCAUCUUUGCGCAUUACAAGCCCAAGACCACCAUUGUAUUCACAGCCUUUGCGGGAGAGGAGCAGGGUUUGCUCGGCGCGGAGAAUCUGGCGCAAACUUACAAGAAUGCAUCGGUGAAUGUAGCUGGUAUGAUAAACCUCGAUAUGGUUGGUAACUCUAAGGCCGCAGACGGUACUGUCGAUCCUUACAACAUCCGCCUCUUCUGCCAGGGCACACCUCUGACAGAGAACUCUACAACAACUACCUCCCGUCUCAGCAUUGGUGGUGACAAUGACAGCCCUGCUCGCAACCUAGGUCGCUUCAUAUAUGAAGUAGCCUCCAACGCCUUCACUGAGAUGACAGUCCGCCUUAUAUACCGUCUGGAUCGCUACAGCAGGGGCGGCGACCAUCGCCCUUUCCUAGAAGCAGGAUACACAGGUGUCCGAUUCGUUCAACCUAACGAAGACUACACACAGCAGCAUCAAAAUGUCACUGUACGCAAUGGCAAGCAAUAUGGUGACCUAGUCGAAUGGCUGGACUUCGAGUACAACACCCGCGCUGCUAAAGUCGUAGCGUCCACGAUGUGGAGUCUAGCCAACGCACCUGGAGAGCCGACCAAUGUUGGUAUCAAUACCACAACAUCCGAUAACUUCAGUCAAUUCAAGUGGGACGCGCCGAAGGGCUUGCCGGUAGAAGGAUACGAAAUCUUGUAUCGCGACACUAUCGAGCCGCAUUGGACAAACGUGAUUGAGGUGGGCAACGUGAACUGGUUCAAUCUUACUUCUGCGACAAUCCACAAGGAUAAUGUCAUCUUUGGAGUAAGAAGUGUAGGCAAGGGAGGUUACAAGAGUCCCGCGGUCUUGCCAUUUCCAUUUGGGUGUACGCGAAACUGCUAA